AUGCAAGACUCUGCUUACAACAAUGGACUUGGCGCCCACAGUGACCGGCAGUCGCUGAGGAUGCGCCGGGCUCCGUCUCGAUCGUCCAGUCGAAAAUAUCCUCACCUCGACCCGAGCUCUGACCCAGACCCAGACGAGGACAGCGAUGAUGGCCCGACCCGAGACCUGAGGACCAUCCCACUGCAGAUGGGCCUCAAGAGAACCGUGCGUCAGGCACAACAAAUGCAGACCCCAAUUGUUUCCGAUGGAUAUUCCUGGAAGAAAAAAAACAAAUCUUUGUUAAAACUCAAAACUGUGGCCAUAGAAAUUCUCCACUUCUUUACUCUAUGGAGAAAAUCAAUGCAGAAAAUUGGAGGUAACUUUGGAGGCGGGGUCCUGUCUUAUUUCUUGUUCCUACGAUUCCUGGUACUGCUGAACUUCUUCUCCUUCUUACUGAUUGCUGGAUUUGUCAUCAUCCCAAGUGUCGUCUUUAGAUCUGAGGAGGGCAGUUCUGUAAACAGCACAGGUCGUGAAGAAUGCAUGGUCUAUAAUCCUAAUCCUCAAGGCCUGGUGGUUUUCUAUACAUACUUCUUGGAUUUUCUCUCUGGAACGGGUUUUAUUGAGUUCACAUACCUGUUCUAUGGAUUCUAUAACAACAACAGCAACAACAUAAACGUGUCGUACAACAUCCCGCUGGCGUAUCUGUCCACUGCAGCCUUCUUCCUCCUGUUCUGCCUUUUCUGCAUCAUCAUACGAAUGGGUACCACAGCUCGCGUUGCUGUGGCGACGGGAGGCAGCGUGGAGGGAAGCUACAGCAUGCUGGUGUUCACCGGCUGGGACUACAGCUCGACCGGAGGACAGGCCACCAAACUCAAACAGCAAAACAUCUACUACAGACUGCAGGUGGAUCUUGAAGAGGAGAGGAUAAAGAAAAAGAGUGCCUCUCUCACACAGUGUCAGAAAGUCUCUCUGUACUCUGGGCGUGUAUGUUUAUUCAUAUUGGCUUUUGGUUUCAUUGGAGCAGCUAUAGCCGGAAUCUUUUUUGCCACUAACUUCAGUCAGCAAAAUUCCGAUCAAGAAGGCAUCCUCGGAUUGUUUUAUGAGUACUUACCAUCCAUUGUGAUCACAGGAGCUAACUUCAUUGUUCCACUGUUGAACGAUCAGAUUGCACCAUUGGAGCGAUAUUCUCCCAGUGUCACAGUCAUCAUGGCCUUAUUUAGGGCAGUGCUUUUGCGGCUGGUCAGUUUGAUUAUUCUCCUUUACACUUUGUGGCGUCAAAUCACAUGUGAAAAAACACCAGAAGACUGUGCUCUCUGCAAAUACAACGUCAAAGUGUAUCAGUGCUGGGAGACGCGUGUGGGACAGGAGAUGUACAAGCUGACACUCUUUGAUCUGAUCAUUAACUUUGCUAUGCUCUUUUUGGUGGAGAUUCCGCGCAGGAUUGUUGUGGAUAACUGGCCCAAUAAGUUGACUCGGUGGGUGGGACGGCAGGAGUUUGUUGUUCCCUACAAUGUGCUGGGCCUUGUCUAUGGUCAGACUGUUGUGUGGACUGGGGCCUUCUUCUGCCCUCUUCUGCCCCUGAUCAACACCAUCAAGUUUAUCAUUCUCUUUUACACCAAGAAGACAACACUCUUCACCAACUGUCGACCUGCGCUCAGGACAUUUCGAUCCACAACUUCCAGCUUCUUCUUCUCUGGGAUUCUGCUGCUGGGACUGUUCCUGGCUUCUCUUGUGAUGAUUUAUAGUGUGGCUGAGAUUCAUCCCUCCAUGGCUUGUGGGCCUUUCCGAAUAUUUAAUUCUAUGUGGGAAGUGGUUCCUGUCUCCAUCACCAAACUCACCCAAACCACUCGAGAAUUCCUCUUCUUCAUUGGCUCCCAGGCUUUCUCCAUCCCUCUGUUUGCUCUAUCCUGUUUGAUGCUGUGUUAUAUCGUAGCCUUAUCGAAUGUCUACAAGAAAAGCGUUACUUUGCUAAAAACUCAACUAAAACUGGAAGGACAGGAUAAACGAUUCUUGGUCAGACAGAUCGAGAGGUUCAGCAGGAUGUGA